AUGUCCCUCGACAAAAUCCUCCAGUCGCCGCCGCUCCCCGACCUAUCGCCGUUCUUUCUGCGACUAGUCGACAUCUUCGACCUUCUCAACACCAACCUAACCUUCAUUGCCUCCCACGCCCGCGCGUCGGUACCGACGUACGACCUUAUCGUCAAACUAAACCCCGAGAUCCAGCCGUUGGACCUAGCCAUCAUCAAACACUUAUUCCCUCCCGGUCAGGUGUUUUUCGACUACGUCGACCCCCAGCAAAUCGAGCUCUCUCUCGCCGAUGACGUCAAGCACUCGUGGGAACACGGCUACGAGGCCCACAAAAACUCCGUCGACGAUGCCUACGCUGAACUUGCACAAAUGCAUCGGUCGCUGGAGCAAAUCCUCGUGUUUGACUUCCAGGAUACGCGGGUUGACGGCAUCGGUGGUCGCCUGGGCGGCUACGGCAAAAAGCGUCCACUUCCAGAUAGCGGCGGGUUCUUCCUCCAACUGAAAAAGCUCCAGCUACAAUCGCUCACUCAGGAUCACAUGAAACUGAUGAUCAAGUCCCGCCGACGCCGGUUCGUCCAGUACUUGACUCAGUACAUUGAAGCUAACAAAGACCCGGAACAAUCAAUCAUGAAGCAGGUGAAUUUACCCGAAAAAGUUGACUACGAUGCUGAUCUCGUUACUAAUCAAGGCGUUAAGCGUCGUCGGGCUGAAGUCCGUCCCGAUCUCGAUCUUAUGUACGAAACGCUCAAACAGGAGCCGUUCUAUUCGGGCCAAAUCAAGUUUGAAGGCUAUUUGACUCGCACUGAACCGCCUCGUUAUGCCGAUUUUGAAAUUGAAGUUGACGGAGAGUUUACUAUUCAUCCCGAGUUGCGUGAAGCAUUGAUAAAGUCUCGUGGUAUUGAUAUCGCCCACAAUAUGUACACUCACCAACAAGCAGCGAUUCUGGCACUUCUUCUGGAGACAAAACAACACGUGAUUGUAUCUACGUCAACUGGUUCGGGCAAAUCACUCGUUUACCAAAUCCCCAUUCUCAACGACAUAUUAUGGGAUCGAGUACUGGGCGACCGAGGACGUAAGUCCACCGCAUUUUUCAUUUUCCCGACUAAGGCACUUGCCCAGGACCAGAAGCAUAACCUCGACCUUCUUCUUGCUCAUAUACCAUCCCUUGAAGGGGUGGUGGUGGAAACUUACGAUGGGGAUACUCCACAAAAACAACGACAAUACGUUCGUGCUCACGCCGAUAUCAUUUUCACCAAUCCUGAUACCAUUCACGCGGCCAUUCUCCCCGGUUCCGAAGCUCAAGGGUGGAGUGACUUUCUAGAUCAUCUAAAGUACGUGGUGAUGGACGAAAUCCAUGUUUACAAAGGGCUCUUUGGUAUCCACGUGAGUAUGGUGAUGGCACGUUUACAACGACUCGUACUGGCCAAUCUCAGAUUUGUGCUGUGUAGUGCUACCAUCAAAGAUCCCUUACCUCAUUUUAGCAUUGUUUGUUCUAUCCCUGAUAACGAGAUCGUCAUCCAUGUUGACGAUGACGGCAGCCCUCACACUGAUCGCAAGUUACUCGCGUGGCAACCCCCGCCGUUGAUGAACAAACAGGGUCACGUUCAGCUGCAUUUUGACGAUGAAGGUCAGCUUAUACCCGAGAAGUUUGUGCCUCGUGAGAACGUCAUUACUGAGCUGGCUAAAAUCAUGUGCCAGUUAUUAACUCAAAUCGAAGACGUCAAGAUUCUUGUGUUUUGUCCCAUCAGAAAGAUUUGUGAGUUCUUGAUGAAGGAAGUUCGCACUCAACUCAAUCUGAAUGCCUUUGUCAAUCGUACGGGUAUUCGCCCUACGGAAAUCAUGUCGUAUCGUGGUGGCUAUGCUAAAAGCGAUCGACGGGUUAUCGAACAGAAAAUGUUCAAAGGUGAGCUUCGAGCAAUCAUUGCUACCAAUGCUCUCGAACUCGGGAUUGAUUUACUGGAUUUGGACGUGGUGAUUGCCUGUGGGUUCCCCUUAUCAAAACUGAAUUUGCAUCAACAAUUUGGCCGCGCUGGUCGUGGUCGUAACUCCAAGGGAAGUCUUGCUAUAUUUGUUGGUGGUGCAAACGCUGUCGACCUCCAUUACUUGGAACACGGACCCGAGCUCAUUGAGCGCAGUUAUGAGGAUCUCUGCGUGGGGCUGCUCAUGGAAAUGGGGUCCCACCGCAUGAUCAUGGAAAUGCAUAUGCAAUGCGCUGCGUUUGAGCGUCCGCUCGUAGCUGAAGACGACUGUCAUUGGUUUGACAAACGUUUCUUCCAAGAUAUUCUCGAUAAAAAGCUCCACAAAGAUGCCUACGGCAGAUAUCGUUGUGAUCCUCUGUACCUCCCUUGGCCAGCAGAAAAGGUUGGUAUUCGGGCGGUGGAAGAACAACUGUACGCUGUUGUCGACACAACCAACGGCCGCAAUGUAAUCCUUGAAGAGCUUGAAGUGCUGCGUGUUCCCUUCACCCUCUAUGAUGGAGGGAUAUUUUUGCAUCAAGGUAACCCUUACCUCAUUCGAGAGUUCAAUGCCGAGGGCAAAUACGCCAAAGUUGAACGAGUUAACGUCAACUGGACCACUACUCAAAGAGAUUUCACUGAUGUUGACCCAGUAGAAAUCAAUUAUGUGAAACAGUUUCACGGUCCCGACGGUAAUCCUACCGAUUUACCCGUGUUCUAUGGUUCCAUUCGCUGUGAAAUGAGAGUAUUUGGCUACUUCAAAAUCAAUCGCCGUGGUGAGAUUUUGGAGGCAGUAGACGUCGAUCAAGACUCGGUGGUCGCGUAUCUGAAAGGGUUUUGGAUUGAUAUACCGUUGACUGCGAUUGAUAUAAUCGUGGAGAAACGUCUUAAUGCGGCUGCUGGUAUUCAUGGCGCUCAGCACGCAAUCAUCAACAUUCUUCCGUUGUUCAUUCUGGGAGGAGCAUCCACAAACCCCAACGCCAAAUUCACGUCGUCCAUUGGUGAAGCCGAGCUUUCUACAGAAUGUAAAGCUCCCGAAAAGGAGUUUGCUCAACGGCAAUCACGCCGAAAAAGACCAUCACGACUUGUGUUUUACGAUACCAAAGGUGGAGCCAAUGGGCUGGGGAUGUCGGCAAAAACCUUUGAGUAUAUCGACAGUAUCAUUGGUUCCACUUUCGAGCGCGUGAUUAAUUGUGAAUGUGAUUGGGGAUGUCCCCUUUGUGUUCAGGGUACGUUUUGCAAGGAAAACUCAUUGGUGAUUAGUAAACCUGCCGCUAUCAUUAUAUUGGCAGCAGUGCUUGGUAAAAAGCCCGAAGAGUAUCGGUACCUUGUCGAUGAUGGCCCCGAAGCCAACCUCCCUGAGGUUGGUAUUGAGACAAUUGAAAAGGCUCCGCUUGUUCGCUUCGCUCCCGAUGUCCAAGUGAUGGACUUCAAACUUCGUGAACCAAAACCAGCUACCAUCGUCAAAGAAGAAGAAGAAGGCGAAUGA